AUGGAUGCCUUUUAUCCUGAGGAGAGCCUACCUAUGGAUUUUCUGGGGAGCCCAGAUGAAACUCCAGAGCCCCCUGAGGCUGAAAUUUCUUCAUCUCAGCAGGAGUACCACACUUCCCGACCGUUGCCCACUGAGCUGUACGAAUCUUCAUCCCAACAAGAGACGCCUGAGGAGGCUGAAUCUUUUUCAUCCGAGGAAGAGGCCCAGGCUCAGCAUCUGGAGCACACCAACGAGAAUGUAGGAUCUUCUCCAAACCAAGAGGAGUUCCCAGCCCCACCCCUUAAAGAGACAGAACCUUCUCCAGCCCAGCAGGGCGGCCCAUCUCAGCCUCCAGUGCCACCUACAGAGGUUGUAGCACAAACUCUAGUGCUUUAUGAGGUGACAUUUUCAACACCAGAACAGGAUCAGACUCAUCAUUCAAACUUAACCAGUGCCACAGUCAAACCUUUGGCCCAGAAGCCUGUUGUAACUCCAGAACCUUCUACACCCCUGGAGGCGACACUUCCUAAUCCAGAGCAGGUUCAAGUGCAGCAUCCAACCUUGACUGAGGUCACAGUUCAACCUUUGGACCUUGAACUUAGCAUAAAGCCAGAGCCCACCAAGGAGGAAGAACCUUCUCCAACCAUGCAGGAGCUACCACCUCAGCCUGUGGAGCCACCUAAGGAGGUUGUGGCUGAUUCAACUCCAGGCCAGUAUCAAGCUCAGAAUCCAACACUGCCCAGUGCCCCAGUUCAGCCUCUCAACCCAGAGCCUACUGUAACUCCAAAGCCUACUGUAGAAGCUGAAUCUUCUACAGCUCUUCACCCCAAACCCCCUGAGGUGACGCUUCCAAAUCCAGAGCAAGUUCAGUCUCAGCUGUCGGAGUUCACAGUUCAACCUUUGGACCUGGAACUUACCAUAACUCCAGAAUCCACGAAUGAGGCUGUGUCUUCUCCAGCCAUGCAGGAGACCCCAGCUCAGCAUCCAGUGCAGCAAGAGGUGACUGUUCCAGUGCCAGCUCAGAGCCAACUGCUGCCCAGUGUCACAGUUCACCCAUCGGGCCAGAGGCCUAACACAACUCCAGAACCUGUGACAGAGGCUGAAUAUUCCACAGGCCUGCAGCAGACUGCAGCUAUUCCACCAUACCCCGAGUUAACAGUGCCACAUCCAAAGCCAGUUCAGUCUCAACGCCCAACCUUGAGCGAGGUCACCUUUCAAUCUUUGGACCUGGAACUCACACUAACUCCGCAAUCUACUGUGGAGGUCGAACCUUCUCCAACCAUGCAGCAGACCCAAGCUCAGCCUCCAAAACCCAUUAAGGAAGUUGUAGCUCAGCCUCCAUUGUAUUCCGAGGUCACAGGUCCAGCACUCGAGGCAGCGUCACCUGGCGUCACUGCUUAUCACGUGAACCUGGAGCUUACCAUAACUCCAGAACCUGCUACGGUGUCCGAACAUUCUGCUGCUCUGCCGCAGACCACAGCUCCUCCUCCAGAACAGCCUGAGGGGACACUUGCCCAUGCAAACCUGACUGAAGUCACGCUUCAACCUAUGGACCUGGAAGUUAACGUUACCGCAGUGAAUAAUACAGAGACUGAGCCUCCUCCAACCCUGCAGGAGACCCCAACAGACCACGGCUCUCCCAGAGGUGACACUUCCACCACCAAACCUGACUCAAGCCACAGUCCCAACUGUGGACCUGGGAAUUAG